AUGAAUCGCCAGAGGGUGUGUGGCGACAGCGCGCAACUCAGCUCUGUUCUGUCAUUCUUUGCUCACCAGACCUGCUCAGUCACAGUCCCCUCCGUAAAGGCAAAUGACCCGCACCCAGCCACUGCCGGUAAGGCCGAAAGUCGGACCCCGAACCCACAAUGGGCUUUAGAAGGAAUGGAGCCCCUUCGCAUCGCGUCGGAAGCACUAAAAGUGUUCCCAAGACAGGACAGAUUGACAGGGAGCAGGGAGGGAGCAGGAAAAAAAUAUCCUGUUCCGUCCUGUCGAUUGAUAAUGGGAUUUGUGGGCGACGCUGAUUUGCAACAUCUUCCUUGCUCCCAGGAACUGGGAUCAUGCAGCCGACUCCCAUCGCAUCCCGCAGUCUCCACAGAGGACCGACCGUCUUGGAGAUGGCAUGGGUUGGAUGGUUGGAGGGCAAGAGCAGGCAAAUGGAUGUCUAAUGCCAAGAUGGUGCGUGGAUGCGUGGACAAGCUUUUGCUAUCACGCAACCACCCGUCAAGUGACAAGGAUCGCGAUUGGAACCAGCACCCUUGGGUCAGACUUUCUUCAAAAACUCUCGUCUAUACCUGGCGCUGGCUGUCGUCGGCCCCGAGUCCUGUGGCGGCGUUUGCAUCUGGAGUUGCUGGAGUUGCUGCGUGGCCUGAUGCAGAUCCAAACCGACGUCGGAGCGUCUCGACGUACCCAAUCGGUCUGCCACGGGCUAAGCCCACCACGUCUUGGACACCCCCAUAUGCAAGCCCAAACAACAAUCCAAGCUUGGCUGUGCGUCCGGCUGUUGACAGCGAAAACCUAUCUGCAUGA